AUGCCAAAUGGCUGUCAGAAUGGUGGUUACAUCCGUCAGAAGGGUGGUUACAUCCGUCAAAAGGGUGGUUACAUCCGUCAGAAGGGCGGUUACAUCCAUCAGAAGGGUGGUUACAUCCGUCAGAAGGGUGGUUACAUCCGUCAGAAGGGUGGUUACAUCCGUCAGAAGGGUGGUUACAUCCGUCAGAAGGGUGGUUACAUCCGUCAGAAGGGUGGUUACAUCCAUCAUAAGGGUGGUUACAUCCGCCUAAGUUAUCCGUGUGAGGGCCCUACGACAGCAAUGGCCUUCAUUGACCUUGGACUUGGCAAGUCGGCGCCUAACGACUGGGUCUACUCGGCACCGACGAAUGAGUUCGGUGGAGGUCGGGUGUGA